AUGGCAGGACUCAUGCAGUCAUGUAGUGUGCUGGAUCUGAAUGCAUUUGAGAGGCAGAACAAAGCAGAAGGAUUAGGCAUGGUCACGGUUGAGGGCUCAGAAGAAAAGGUGAUGCCCGACAAAGACCUAACUUGUGAUCUGUUUCGUUUCCUGCAGCUGCUCUGUGAGGGACAUAACUCAGAUUUCCAGAAUUAUUUAAGAACACAAACAGGGAACAACACCACUGUAAACAUCAUUAUACCAACUGUGGACUUUCUACUAAGGGUACAGGAGUCCAUCAGUGACUUCUACUGGUACUACUCGGGAAAGGAUGUGAUUGAUCCACUUGGUCAACGCAACUUCUCCAAGGCCACUGAAGUAGCCAAGCAGGUCUUCAACACACUUACAGAGUACAUCCAGGGCCCAUGUACCGGGAAUCAACAAAGUCUGGCUCACAGCCGUCUUUGGGACGCUGUUGUGGGAUUCCUCCAUGUCUUUGCUCAGAUGCAGAUGAAACUCUCUCGGGAUUCCAAGCAAAUCAAACUUCUGAAAGAGCUCAUGGACUUACAGAAGGACAUGGUUGUGUUCCUGCUCUCCAUGUUAGAAGGUAAACUUCGGCCAGAAAAGCCCAUCUCCAACAAACUCAGUGGCCCAUGGGCCAUCAGUUGA